AUGAACUUUGUCACGUUUUGCUUUGUUGCAGCUUUGCUCUUCGGUGAGUUUCAGGGAAGGGAAGUGCGAAAAGUCGAGGUGUUGGAGUUUGAUGAAACUUUGUACAGAGGUACCUUACCAGACAAACGUUUUAGUCCCCCGGUUGAACUUUAUGCUGAAACUUUGCUGAAGUGUACUUGAGGACCCCCUGAUUGCAGAAUACGAAUAAAAUUUCUCGCAAUAGAUCUUUUUCCGAGCCAUAGAGCUUCAAAGUGUGCAAUAUACGCAAAUUAGGCCCUGUCCUGCGAGAAAUUUUCUUUCUUGUUCUGGAAUUAAAAAAUGUUCCCUAGUUAGGACCACCUGAAUCAAAGGUGUUGUCCUGAAGAGCCUCUGUACCAAGUUUCAUCGAAAUCCAACAAUUCGGUCUUUUCUACUAGCCGUGUAAGCUUUUUUCACAGCUUUUUUGAGAUCUUAUUUGAAACUUCUGAAGUUUAAAGCGGUAUAAAACUGAAAUCGGCUUAACUUUUCACUAUACUCCUUCAAAAAAGUCAACAACGGCCCCCAAAAAAAUGAAUAACGACUUGACUUCGAAUAGCAAUAAGACUUCUGAACAAAGCAAAAAAUAGUUUUUCACGUUUUUACGAUUCUGUGCUCGAGAAACACGGAAGAAGUCUAUAAAAAAGUUAUGGGCGUUCAAAAGUUACCAAAACAGUUCAGCUCCCUUUGCUGGUGAGCCCUAGAUGCUAGAAACUUUCAAAAAUCGUAUCGAAAAGGCUCCAAAAAAAAAUUUGAUUUUUCGAGUUAACCAAUAAUAAGUCUCUUCCAUGGAGCUCGAUUUUCGGAUAGAUGAUGAGACUACUUUUUUUCAAUUUUGAACUUUUCCUAGGCCCAAUGUGGCCUAGUGGAUUGUAAAAAGGUUCAGGAACAGUUUUUCUACCCCUUAUUGAUUUUGGAGACUUUUCAAGAACCAGCAAUGUUUCAGAAAAGUUUUUGACUAGAAAUUUUACUUGCUGUGGAUUUUUUUUUUCACUUUGAGCUUCUUGACGUAACUUGAAAGCCUUUGACCAAGUUCUGACAUUGAUUUUUUUAAAUUUCAGUUUCAACAUCAGCAUAUCCAAACGAUUUGCAAGUGAGCGGAUCUUUUCGGGUCGCCGAGGACGGUGAACAUAUUGCCAGUGGACAAGUCGACGAGUCCGAACGUUGGUUUUUCCUUUUUUCAUCAAAAAUCCUUUAAAGGAUCCCUUUUAAAAAAACUUCUCGAGGCGGAGAGUCAUUACAGGCUCAUUUCAGACCCAUUUUUCGAACUGGAAGCGAUGAAGCUGGCGCGAGCUUAUCUGGAGAAGAAAAUCGCACAAGAACGGAAGUACUCGACCUGA